UAUGAUUGGCUAAAACAACCUAUAAAAACAUAAAAACAGAACAUGUUCACACUAUCAACUAGUUCGACCGUUGUUGAAACAAUGAGCACUCUUUUGCUGCAUAACUUCCAUUUUGCACCUCACAAUUCUCUAAAUUACAAAAUCUCCCCUCUUCCCAGAAGAUUAUCUUUCACCAAUGCUCGCCUUUGCAUCAAGAACAAUCAAAUCUCCUGCAACAGUUUGAGAAUGGAUUCGUCUGAGAACAUUUCAGCUUUUGCACAGCAACAGAGAAUCGAGAUUCCGAAUAGCCACAACGAGAAGCUCGUGGGUCUGCUUCACGAAACCGGGUCAAAAGAAAUUGUUAUCUUGUGCCAUGGAUUUCGAUCGAGCAAGGAUAACCAAAUCAUGAAGAAUGUGGCUGCUGCUUUAGAGAAAGAAGGGAUCAGUGCUUUCCGUUUUGAUUUCUCUGGAAAUGGAGAGAGUGAAGGGAGUUUCUAUUAUGUUAACUAUAACUAUGAAGCUGAUGAUCUACGUUCUGUUAUCCAACACUUCUCUUACUUGAACCGUGUGGUUCCUAUCAUUCUUGGGCACAGUAAAGGAGGUGAUGUGGUCCUCCUCUAUGCCUCCAAGUAUCAUGAUAUCAGUAAUGUAAUCAAUCUCUCGGGACGUUAUGAUCUGAAGAAAGGCAUAAGAGAGCGCCUUGGGGAAGACUUUUUGGAAAAAAUUAAGGAACAAGGAUUCAUUGAUGUUAACAGUGGAAGAUCCGUGUACCGUGUUACCGAGGAGAGCUUAAUGGAGAGGUUAAACACUGAUAUGCAUGAAGCUUGCCUCAAGAUUGACAAAGAUUGCAGGGUCUUGACGGUUCAUGGAUCGGAUGACGAGGUAAUAACUGUUGAAGAUGCUAAGGAGUUUGCGAAGAUUAUACCGAACCAUAAGCUGGAGAUUGUGGAAGGAGCUGAUCAUCGUUAUACCGGUCAUCAAAGUCAGUUGGUUUCUAUUGUUAUGGAGUUCAUAAAGACAGUCAUUGUGAAGAACUAGUCUUUCUUUUUUUUUUCUUUUUUUGCCUUUGAGAAAUGUUCAUGAUACACAUUUAAUACUUUACGUUUUCUGCAAUUAAAAGGGAAACAUUGAUUGAGUUAGUAACAA